CAGGUACCUGUGUACAGCGGUUCUUCCCCUGCUCACUAAGUGUGCCCCGCUGUUCGCUGGGACAGAGCCCUACGCCUCGCUCAUAGACUCUCUACUUCACACCGUCUACCGGCUCUCUAAAGGAUGCUGCCUCACCAAGGCACAGAGAGACGCUAUCGAGGAGUGUCUACUGGCCACCUGUGGUCAACUGAGGCCGUCCAUGAUGCAACACCUGCUGAGACGCUUGGUGUUCGAUGUUCCUCUCCUCAACGAACACACCAAGAUGCCUCUCAAGCUGUUGACCAAUCACUACGAGCGUUGUUGGAAGUACUACUGUCUGGCGGGCGGCUGGGGGAGCUUUGGGGCGUCGUCGGACGAAGAGCUGCACCUCUCCAGGAAGCUGUUCUGGGGCAUCUUCGAUGCCCUGUCUCGCAAGAGGUACGACCAGGAGCUGUUUAAGCUGGCUCUCCCGUGUCUGAGUGCCGUGGCCGGGGCACUACCACCUGACUACAUGGAGAGUAACUAUGUGGCCGUGAUGGAGAAACAGUCCUCUAUGGACCCCGAGGGAAACUUCAACCCACAGCCAGCAGACACCACCAAUGUGAACGUCCCGGAGAAGCUGGAUCACUUUGUCACUAAAUAUGCUGAGCAUUCACAUGACAAGUGGUCCAUGGACAAGUUUUCCAACGGCUGGGUUCACGGGGACAAGGUGUGUGAGGCCUCUAAAGCCCACCCUCUCCUCAAGCCCUAUAAAGGGCUGUCAGAGAAGGAUAAAGAGUUGUACCGCUGGCCAAUCAAGGAGUCUCUGAAGACGAUGGUGAUGUGGUGCUGGAGCAUAGAGAGGACCAGGGAGGGAGACCCAGCCAGCCUACACAACAGAACACGUAGGAUCUCUCAGAUCAGCCAGCAACACUCUGUCGAAGGAGCUCCAGGUUUCAGCCCCAGACCCAUCGACAUGAGCAAUGUGACACUGUCCCGGGACCUGCACUCUGAGUACCAUGUGACACGCUACACAUACUCUGAGUACCAUGUGACACGCUACACAUACUCUGAGUACCAUGUGACACGCUACACAUACUCUGAGUACCAUGUGACACGCUACACAUACUCUGAGUGA